AUGUCUUCCAGAACAGUUUCCGCCCUCAAAUUCGUGGGCACCGUCUCCGUCGGUCUUCUCACGGGCGUCUCUUACACCCUCUCCGCCCUAGCCGCCCCCGCCCUCCUUACCCUCCCAUCCGCCAGCGCCGCCUCCCAGACUCUCACAUCGCUCGCUGCCUCCGCCGCGACGCACCUCACCGCCCUCUCCGCCGUCUCCUCCUCCGCCCUCGCGCUCGCCUUUGUCUUCUCCCCGCGCUCGGCCCGCCACCCCUAUCUUCUCUACACCUCGCUCCUCGCCGCCGCCUCCUCCCUCGCCCCUCGUUUCGCCCCCAUUCUUCUCGGCAGCCCUCCCCACCGACCCGCGUCCACCACUCCCGCUCCGGCUUCCUCGGCCGCCGCCUCUCCGGUUAGGAGGAGGCAGCAGCCGCGCCCCAUGGAAGCGAGCUAUGACGUCCUCGGCGACCUUCAAAGCGACGGUACUGCCUCCGCCAGCGGCGAGGAGGUCGAAGACGAUCACCCCACUCCCCGACAGCAGCAACAAAACGGCGAGGAAGUUACCGCCCAGAUUGAAAUCUUCCUCAAAGAGAGGCUGGUACAGACGAGUCUGGCUGCUUUGAGUUUCGCCAUCUCCGUUGUGGGCAUCUGGGGUGACGCUGCUCCUGCGUAA